AUGUUGUAUGCAAAGAACUUACCAAAGAAAUUAUGGGCAGAAGCAGUAAAUACAGCAGCAUUUGUGCUAAAUAGGACGGGGAAGAGUAAACAAAAUGAGAAGACACCAUUUGAAGUAUGGACAAAUCAAAGUUUCGACAUUCAUGAAUUGAAAAUAUUUGGUACACCAGUGUAUGCACAUAUACCAAAAGAAAGAAGAAAGAAAUGGGAUAAGAAAGCAGAAAAAGGAUUGAUGGUUGGAUACGGGGAAGACAUCAAGGGUUAUAGAAUAUAUUUCUCGGAGAAGAAUACUGUUGAUACAAAGAGAGAUGUGGUUUUCUUGGAACAAGAAAAGAAUAAAAAGGGAGAACCAAUAAUAAUGUUUGACACCAAGGAAGAAAAUAAUGGAGGUGAAGAAUCUCAAACAACCUCAGAAGUUACCCCUACAAACUUUGAUGAAGAUAGCUGUGAAAUCACUAUGUGUGAAAGUGUGUCUGUAAGUGAAUAUCAACCUUGUAGUGAUGAAGAAACUUCAUCAGAAGAGACAACACCAGUCCUAAAUGAAAGAAGCAAACGUGUGAGAAAACAAACCUCAUUCUACAAGUGUAAUAAUGUAUACAGUGAAGAAAGUGAGCCAGUGACAUACAAGGAUGCUAUGAGUAGAAAAGACGCUAGCAAAUGGAGUGAAGCUAUAGACAAAGAGUUGCAAACCUUAAAAGCGAACAAUACUUGGGACUAUUGUGAUGCACCAGUGAACACGAAGGUGGUUGCCAGAAGGAGCCUAUUCUGGUGA